AUGUGGAAGGUUGAACAUUACCUUGCUAUAUUGGAAACAUCCCAUUUUGGAAAUACUUGCGCCAUUGUCAUAUCGGCAUGUCUGCCGGUUUUGUUCGCAGCUUCGGGUGACAUCGAUCUUCCUACUGGGGUUGCUCAGGUUCCAUUUGUCGCGGGAAAUACCUCUCUGCCUCUUUCUGAGCGGCUUGAGGCUCUGCAGUCUGCUUUCUUUGUUCGGGGUCACGACGCCCAUGUCUGGCUGGACGGAUGGUAUCAUGAUGUUCUUGCCAUGGAACACGCUGCAGUGGAGAAAUAUGGUAGCUUGAAGGAACACUGGGCUGGUGGGGAUAAUACGCAGGUUCUGGAGUUGAUCCCUGCGGAGGAUCCAUUCCAGCCUAGUAAUCAGUGGAACGUGACCUCUACGAGGUACCCGGAGCGUGCUACAUCUGUUAUUAUUGCUGAUGCUACUUAUGCACUUUUUCCUGAACAGCCAAGAGCUGUCGUGGAAGCUGCCUUGCCGUGGUUGAAACAACAGAGCUCGAAGUUGUGA